UGUGUGUGUGAAUGUCUCUAGCGACUAUCACUCAUUCUGCACGGCCUGACGCAGUGAUAAAAGACCGGUACAGUUAUAUUAAAUAUAAUGUGUACUCGCGCAUUAUUGUGACCAGCGGACUCUGAGACGUUUAAAGGAAAAGGUUUGUAUCGGUAUCACUGCAGCCAUGCUGUCCAGACUAAGCAUGAGUGUGAGGCCGUGUGUGAGCAUGUGCCGAUGGGUUCACACUAAAGAGAAGGGGAAACCGCUCAUGCUCAACCCACGUACCAACAAGGGCAUGGCUUUCACUCUGAAGGAGAGGCAGAUUUUGGGCAUUCAUGGUCUGUUGCCACCAAAGAUCGAGACCCAGGACACCCAGGCCAUGCGUUUCCAGAAAAACCUGAAGAAGAUGUCCGACCCACUGCAAAAGUAUAUCUACCUAAUGGGGAUUCAGGAGAGGAACGAGCGUCUCUUCUACCGCGUGCUCAUGGAAGACAUCGAAGCUCUCAUGCCCAUCGUCUACACGCCAACUGUCGGCCUCGCAUGUACGCAGUAUGGACACAUCUUCAGGCGACCCAAAGGUCUGUUUAUCUCCAUUAAGGAUAAAGGACAUAUCCGUUCCAUAUUGGAUAACUGGCCAGAAACCACUGUCAAGGCUGUAGUGGUGACGGACGGGGAGCGUAUCCUGGGUCUGGGGGAUCUGGGAGUGUAUGGUAUGGGUAUUCCUGUAGGAAAGCUGUGUCUUUAUACGGCCUGCGCUGGAAUCCGGCCUGAGAGUUGCCUGCCGGUCUGCAUUGAUGUUGGCACAGAUAAUGAGAAGUUACUGAGGGACCCGUUCUACAUGGGUCUUUACCAGCGGCGUGACCGCUCUCAGCGCUACGACGAUCUCAUAGAUGAGUUCAUGGAAGCUGUGGUGGACAAGUACGGACAAGACACCCUCAUCCAGUUUGAGGACUUUGGAAAUCACAACGCUUUCCGAUUCCUGAAGAAAUACCGGGAGAAGUACUGCACCUUCAACGAUGACAUCCAGGGCACUGCCGCCGUUGCUCUGGCAGGUUUACUGGCGGCUCAGCGUGUUGUAGGAAAGCCAAUAACCGAACACAAAGUUCUGUUUCUGGGGGCUGGGGAGGCAGCUCUGGGAAUCGCUAACCUGAUCACCAUGUCGAUGAUGGAGUCAGGGGUGUCUCAGGCAGAAGCCAGACAAAAGAUCUGGAUGUUUGACAAAUAUGGUCUGUUAGUAAAGGGCAGAGCUUAUGAGACGGACAGUAAUCAGGAGGCUUUUGUUCACUCUGAUCCUGGGGACGUGAAAAGCUUCUUAGACGCAGUCAACGUUAUUAAACCCACAGCGAUCAUCGGUGUGUCAGGGGCCGGCCGGCUCUUCACCCAUGAUGUCAUCAGAGCAAUGGGCAGCUUGAAUGAGCAUCCGAUUAUCUUCGCCCUGAGCAACCCCACUGCCAAAGCAGAAUGCACAGCUGAAGACGCGUACAGCCUCACACAGGGUCGGUGUUUGUUCGCCAGCGGCAGUCCAUUUGGACCGGUGUCACUAGAAGAUGGCAGAAUACUGACCCCUGGACAGGGCAACAAUGCUUAUAUAUUCCCUGGUGUAGCUCUGGCUGUUAUACUCAGUGGAGUCCGACACAUCAGUGACACAGUCUUUCUUGAGGCCGCAAAGACGCUGGCGGAUCAGCUUACAGAAGAAGAGCUGAGUCAGGGCCGACUGUAUCCACCGCUGUCCAACAUCAGAGAGGUGUCAGUACAGAUGGCUAUCAAGGUGGUGCAGUACGUGUAUUCAAAAGGAAUGGCGUUCCGAUACCCAGAGCCUGUGGAUAAGGAAGCGUACGUCAGAUCAGUUCUGUGGGACAUCAACUACGAUUCAUUCGCACCCGACGUCUACGACUGGCCCGGGGUUUCUCACAGCCCCAUUGUAGACUAGAUGAACACAUGAGGAAAAUAUCAGACAGA